CAUAACUGCUGUCAUUGUCAUCUGUGUGCUUGCAGCAGUGAGUGAAAAGAAAAGAAACAGUCGGCAUCAUGUGUUAGUGUAGAUUUAGGCAUUUGUCUUGUUUAGAUUUAUUUUACUAUCUAGUUGUUACUUUUGGUAAACUUUAACUUUAUUUUGGAAUUGUUUAAUACAUUUUAAGCAUGUUUGGUUUGUUUAUGUACAUUUUUGAGGUAAAAAAAGAAGUUUUGGUGGGCCUAUCACUAUCCGUAAUAUACCUAACCUACUAUCUAGUGGAAGCUGUCAAGAAACCUAUACUGAUAUGCCGAAAAGGUGAAUUUCGUGAAUUCCUAGAAGAGAAUGUGCCGUUAUUGAACGAGCAUUACUGGCCCACACCCUGGUGUCUGGAGUCACGCUUGCAGACAGUCAUCGGGUCCGUGCUACGUACUCGACUGCUGCCUGCAGUCAAAUAUCGCCGGGAGAUACUGCAGCUGUCGGACGGCGGACAAGUGGCGCUGGACUGGGCGGAGGGCGCGGAGGGUGCGGCGGGCGCGGGCGGCGAGGGCGCCGUGCUGCUGGUGCUGCCGGGGCUGACGGGCGACUCGCGCGCCGACUACGUGCGCUGCCUGGCCGCCGCCGCCGCCGCGCUGGGCGCGCGCUGCGUCGUGUUCAACAACCGCGGGCUCGGCGGCCUGCCGCUCACGACGCCGCGGCUGUACUGCGCCGUGAGCCACGCGGACCUGGCGGAGGUGGUGGCGGCGGUGCGCGGGCGCGGGCCGCUGCUGUGCGCCGGCGUGUCGCUGGGCGGCCUCAUCCUGGGCCACUACCUGGCCGAGCACGGCGAGCGCUCCGGCGUGGACGCCGCGCUCGUGGUGUCGUCGCCGCUCGACGUCGUCAAAGGCUCGGAGUGCAUCGAGCGGCCGCCGCUGAACGCGCUGCUGUCGUACCACAUGGCGCGCAACCUGCGCAACACGCUGCGCGCGCACGCGCCGCUGCGCGCCGGCCCGUGGGACUGGGCCGCGGUGCAGCGCAGCCGCUCCGUGCGCGAGUUCGACGCCGCCUUCACCACCAAGCACUUCGGCUUCGGAUCGGUGGAAGCGUACUACCGCGCGGCGACACUGCGCGAUAAGUUGUCGAAAGUCCGUGUGCCUCUGUUGUGCCUAUGUGCUGCUGAUGACCCUUUCCAGCCACUCGAUGCGAUUCCCGUUCGCGAAGCCGAAGAGAGUCCGAGCGUGGCCCUGCUGGUGACGGCUCGAGGCGGGCACAUCGGCUUCCUCGAGGGCUGGUGGCCCACCAGCGCGCCGCCCAGCCACCACUACAUCGCGCGCCUGGCGCAGCAGUACUUCGCGGCGCUGCUGCGGCGCCCCGGCCGCGACCCCGCCCUCUCCUAGGGAGCGCCGCAAUACGCAUUCUUGUGCAACCGUAUCGGAAUGCCGUUUAUGAGGAUGUGCUCCGAAUGAGGGCUAUCGUUUUUAUACUUAACAGUUGGCACCCCUGGCGAUAGACUGGACCUUACUCUACAGUGGCGCCAUCUUGAUGAGUGCAAAUGCGAUAGUCCUCCUACCACUUUAGCGCUCACCAGUUGGUGCCACUGUGCUAACUGGUGAGCGCUAAAACAAUAGCCCUCAUUCCUCUUCGGAGCAACUCCUCGUCAUCGCUGUACACUUGGAAUUCCGCGCCCCUGACUCGUUCAUACAAAGUAUUUUAGAAAUAUUGAGGGCCUACCGCUGUGAGCGACGAUUUCUAUUUAAUGCAUCUGUUGAUAAGACCAUACUGAGAGCUGAUUGCGGACCGGACGCAAUAUAAAUGAAUUAAGGGCGUAGUUUAUCCAUUGCGAACAACAAUAAUAUUGUGAUAUCAUAGUUUAAGGGUUUGAAGUUCGAGACUUCGUCUCUUGGGUGUAAGUUGCGUACGCUGUUAAAGAAACGAUCCUGUACAAAUAAUGUUGGUGAAUAAUCAAAUCCAGCAGUAAUUUGAUUAUGCCUCUCGGUUCUUGAAUAUUUCAUGGUUUAGUGUAUUCUGGAAUUUGAGGAGAAUACACCCUUCUUUCAAAGAUUUGUUGUUUUCACACAAACACUUUUUGUCAGUAGCUGAGAUGCAUAAUUAAAGCAUUCGUUUUUAGACGGUAGUCGGUAACUUUUAAGUAAGCUUAAAAUGAUUCCAUAGUUUAUCAUAAAAAUAAAAUUCGAUACUUCGACAUGAUGCCAUACAAUAAGUUGCUGAUACCGUCCAUGGCAAAACUUAAUGAUAAUAAUUAAAUAAAAAGAGUUAAUAUUAUAUGGAAUUACGAGCCGCUCUUCUUUUCAUCUGUUUAAAAUUAAGUACUUUUACGCCCAUAUUCACAAACAUUACUAUGAGGUCUCACGGGGCGCGUAGACAGGGUGGCACAUGAACCAAUCGCAGAGCCCUAUUCAACUCUGUGCGUUCGAUUUGCUGCUUUACUUAAGCAUCAUCGUUUGUGAAUACGGGCGUUAAAUUAGCGUUAUGAAUCACGCACAGGGAACGAAGGAAUCGAGUGAGAGUAUUAUAUUUACAUAAAAAUAGUUUUAGUUAGGAAUAUUGGUGCAUUUCAAAUGUUUAUACAAGUUUAAGCUAAUUUUAUACUCGUUAAAUAUUAAAAAAAAAAUAAGACGAGAUUCAUACAGCGUUUAUUAUAAAUAACGAAAUAAAUAGUUAAUUCAGAACCAUUCGAUAGUAAUGGAACAACAAUCGCUACUCGAGCUAUCGUAAGUUCUGAAUCUCGAGUAGGUAUGAACGAAAUAAAUCUGAAUAAAAGUUCAUUGACCCCGCAAUAAUUUCACUACUUGUCACGUGUCAUUUUAUGACAUUCGCCCCGGCUUGCGACUUGGUCGCCAUUUUGUUUUAUGCCAAACAUAGGUAAUUCGGAUUUUUUCACUUCACUGUCGGUUGAUUUAUUAUAGUCUUUUUCACCUGAUUCCUAUGAUAUAGUCAAAUUUUGGCGAAUUUUCCGUACGACGCUUAACUCCGCAAAUAUUUUGAAAAAUCCUUGACUUUAUUGUAAAUAUCAUGAAAAUUUAAACUACCUCUUAAAAUAAGUAGCAAAAUCAGUGUUUAUUAAUUACCUAAAUUUUAAUUAUUGAAUAUAAUAGAAAAAUAAUUUUAAUUAAUAAAGUAUGAAAUGUGUUAAACGAAACAAUAGUGAUGGUUAACAUUGUCAGCUUAAAAAUUACAUAAAGAUGCACUUUAAACAGUCACGCACCGGUUACAUGUAGGUACACUAUUAAGCAAACGCCGAUGGUAGUACAAUUUCAUCUGAAACAGACGAUUAACAAAGAAACAAUAUUUUGGUUUAUAAAUUUUAUUUUACCACAUAAAUAUCACAUUUAAUACUUUUAACCAUUCCAUAGUCCUGACAAGGAACCUUUACACUUGUUUCGUCAUGCCCGUGUGUCUCUUAGAAAAAAUCAAUUUUUCUAUAUCGACUUCCACCACUGAGCUUUUCAUUAAUGCUUUUCAUCAAAGUCAAUGACCUUUUAUUUAGCGAUAUCUUUUUACUUUUAAAUAUUUUUGUGCUUCUAACAGGAAUUGAAAUUUUUGCCUUUAUUUGUAAGAAAAUAGGUGAAUUUCAAUACUUUUGGUGCAUGGAGACUAUUACACAGCGCCGCUCGAGAACAUUAUGGAGUAGUUAUUAUAAACUGUACGGCUAGCACGAAAAACUUUCGAGUUCGAAUCGUUUGCGUAUUCGAAUUGCCAUCAAAAGAUUUAGUUCAAAAACUACAACAGCGCCCUUGUGAACGUGUCGUAAAGUGAACUUAGUAUGAAAAAUGGUGGCACGGAACUUAUAUUGAGCAUCAAAAUUGUCACGUUAUCUUUUAAUUAGAAGGUUGUGUAUCGAAUUUUGUUGAAUACGCAAACGAUUCGAAGACGAAAGUUGUUCAUGCUAUAGUCUGGUUGCCGAGCACGUAGAAUUUUGCCAAUGACCCCAAGAUACCCAUCCUUAGGGUCAUUGGACAAAAUUUUACGUGCUCAGAGACAGGGCUUUAGAGGUAGGUACUGCUGUUGUUUGUUAAAUGUUUUUUAAAAUGACAAAUUUUAUGUAAAUUGUUGAGUUUAUAUUAUAUUUAUAUAAUUUUAAAAUGAAUUUAUGUAUUAACAUUUUUUGUGUCCUUGAAUGUUUCGCCGAUGAAAUGUGUGGAAUGUGGAUAUUAUUAGAUACAAACAAGUGAAUAUCUUGAAGGAUUAACAUGAUUUGAAAAAAAAAAAACGAAAUCCUCGAUUGAUUCGGGAGUCGGGACCCACAAGUAUUUUAAUAAGUAUGUAUGGUUACAUAUUUUGUAAGUUUUUUUUACGUAUUUUAACAGAAUGGAUUCUGUAACCUAACCUUUAAAAUAAGCUAACAAAGACAUCGCCUGGAUUGUAUUUGGAAAUAAUAAUAAUACUUUCAAAGUAAUAUUUUAGGCCUUUGGAUGUCAAAUUUAUCAAGAUUUAACAAGUGUUAACUAAAUCUACACAAUUAUUAGUGCCUUUAUUUGAUAUCAAUUCUGUAAAUAAACUUCACAUAUCAUACUUACCUACAUAAUUGCCUAAACGCUUUUAUGGAGAACUUUAAGACCGUGUCAAUUAAAGGAAUCUCGGCUCCAUUGCACAUAUUUUUCUUAAAUCAUGAUCGUAAUAAAUAAACAAA